AUACUGAUGAAUACAGACCACCUGUUUGGAAAUCUUACUUAUAUCAGUUGCAACAGGAAGCUCCCCAUCCUAGAAGGAUAACCUGCACUCGUGAGGUAGAGAACAGACCCAAAUAUUAUGGAAGAGAAUUCCAUGGGAUGAUCUCAAGGGAGGAAGCUGACCAAUUAUUAAGUGUUGCAGAGGGAAGCUAUCUCAUUCGUGAAAGCCAACGGCAACCUGGAACCUACACUUUGGCAUUAAGAUUUGGAAGUCAAACCAGAAACUUCAGACUCUACUACGAUGGAAAGCACUUUGUUGGGGAGAAACGUUUUGAGUCCAUCCAUGACCUGGUGACAGAUGGAUUGAUUACUCUUUAUAUUGAAACGAAGGCAGCUGAAUACAUUGCCAAGAUGACAAUAAAUCCAAUUUAUGAACACAUAGGAUAUACAACUUUAAACAGAGAGCCAGCACACAAAAAACAUAUGCCAACCCUGAGAGAUGAACAUGAUGGCAAAGAGUCUACAGGAGAGGAUGAGGUAGCAGAAAAGAGG